GACAAUACAUAAUUUCCUCGCACAUAAUCUUUAGCAAUACAUGCAUUUCAUAUGUAUUUGUUGUCACAAUUUCAAAUCAUUGCAUUCUAACAAUCAACUCAUUUCAAACUACACACAUUAUAUCAAUCACAUAUUCCAACCUUGGUAAUCUAUCUCCACCACAGGUCCUAGUUGUUGCGUGAAUGCGUCGAGGGUCGACCAAUUCCUCAACAAUCAGCCUCAACCAACAUCAGUGAAGAACAUAGUCCAUCUCUCCCAAAGUAACUCUCUAUUUUUCUCUCUCAGUCGAUAAACACACCUCGAAUUGUUCUGUAACCAAAUACUUGACUUUCUUUUCUAUGAACAGUGAUAAGAACUGGAAACAUAGCGAAGUUUGACUAUGGAAAUGAAGCAGACAACAUGGACCACUAUCACCAGCCAACUCCACCUACCUACACCAUGUCCAAGAUUCAACCUUCUUUCCCUCUCUUCCUUGCAUAUGGAGGCAAAGACAUGCUCGCCGAUGUAGAUGACAUGGCAAUCCUCAUAGACAACCUGAAAGAUCAUGAUGAAAGCAAGCUGGUGCUCCAUUUCGUGGACUCCUAUGCUCAUGUAGAUUUCGUCUUUGGUGUGAAUGCUCAUAGUGUGGUGUAUGGUCCAGUCAUGGACUUCUUCAAGCUCCAUUGAUAUUGUAAAAAAGCUGCAAACUUUACUUCUUUUUUGUACAUCUGUAACAUACAAAAGAUUUCAAAUUUCCAUUGAAUACUGAAGCAGAAUCAAUAUGGAAAAACAUC